AAAAACGAAAACAGUGGUUCACAUGGUAUGCAAUGUUGGGAGAUGCAUGGUUAUUUCAGCGAUAUUAUUGUUAAAUAUAAGGACCAUUCUUCGACCUUUUCCUAAACAAUUCUAAUGCCAGCAUGCAAAUUAUGAAUUCGCCAGCUACAUCGAGGACUACCGAAUCAAAAGAGCGUUGAGAGAGAGAGAGAGAGAGAGAGAAGUCUCCAAACUCUUAAAACAACCAGCAUGAACUCUAUAUACUUCGUCUUCUGCACCUCCUGGUUUUUCUUCCUGCUCUUUCCUGCCCGGGUCCUGUCCCAAGCUUGCCAGAAAUCAUGUGGGUCCAUUCCUAUCCGCUACCCGUUCGGCACCGGCCCCGGAUGCGGCGAUCCCCGGUUCCAAAACUUCGUCACCUGCAACUGCAACUACGAGCAGGGCCGGCGGCAGGAGCUCGUCCUCAAGACGCACUCCGGCACGUAUCCCAUCCAAGCGAUCGACUACAGCAACCAGGUGAUCCACAUUAGUGACCCGUCCAUGUCCACCUGCUCCUGCAUGCAGCCGAGCAAAGGGUUCGGCCUCGACUGGGACGCCCCCUUCUCCUUCGUAGACAACAUCGUCUUUGCUCUUCUCGGCUGCUCUGUCACCGCCUCCCCCGUCUUCAACAAUUCCUUCAACUCCAACUUCACUAAGAGAAAUGCCCCUCUCUGCGACGCUAGCGGCGAGCCAAUAUGCAGCCAGCUCUAUGCCUGUCCGGCUGUAGCAGGAUUGAACCCUCCCCUCUAUUCCCCUGCCUCUUCCUGCUGCGUGUACUCGCCUGUUGAUCUUGGCCCUUCCUUUGAUAUGGAUCUCGACAGGCUGCAGUGUAAUUCUUAUACCUCCAUUGACAAUUUCAAUUACCAGCAGCUUGAUGCCACGAAAUGGAAGUAUAGCAUCUCGCUUAAAUAUAAAUUCAGCGUGAAUAAUGCGUACCCACUUGUCUGUAUGCAAUGUGAGAAGAGUAAUGGAGUUUGUGGGUAUACAGGGAGCUAUAAUACUUUUGUCUGCAACUGCCCAGCUGGGUUCAAUACCUCUACGGAUUGUCUUUUUGCAGAAUCAUAUUGGGGACAUGGCUUCAGGAUUCUUCCACAGAUCUGGACAGGAAUUAUGCUGCUGCUCUUGGGGACUGUGAUUAUGAUGGACUGAGGAGAAAAUGAACAUACCACAGAGCAGACCAUCCACUAAACAAUGGUGGAAAAGUGCUGAUAAGUUCUGCAAAAUUGCUAGAAUUUAAUUGUAUCUGUUACAGGGAUCUGAUGUCAUUACGGUUGAAACGAAUAAAGAACUUGAAAUAUUGUUUUUUUAGCAACUAAUUUCCUUAUCAUUAUCUGCAAAUUGACAGUGAAUUUUCAUGUUAUAUGUGGUGCAUGUGUCGCUGGAUCUCUUCUCAGGACUCUUGCUGAGAUGUAUCUUUGAAGUGAAGUAUCCAAUGAGCCAGACUGCUUCACAGAGUGGGUUGAAUUUGACUUAUGAAGAAUGCCAAUCUGUUUGAAUUAUUAUAUAUUUAGGUCCAGCUC